CUGUCUUUGUAGCAAUUUGCACUUUGAACUUGUGCUUGUUUCGCUAAAUAUAAAGUGCGCGUGUCCUAUACUUGAAUUUGAGGUAUUUGUCCUAAUUUUCCAUUCAAGAGUCUCUGUUUGGCUUUUUAAUCAUAAGUAGUUAGACAGGACCAUCUGGAGAAAACAAUAUGACGCACUGGGAGGACUUUUACAACACACAUCUGCCGCCAGCAGAUUUCGAGGAUAAUCGCUCUCUGCUUAAGGAGUUCUGCGAACGACAUAAUAAGCUUCAGAAUCGGAUUGUGCUCGUUACGUCGGGCGGCACCACAGUCCCCCUGGAGCAUAAUACUGUACGUUUUGUGGACAACUUUAGCGCCGGCACUCGGGGCUCGGCGAGCGCCGAGUACUUUCUGGAUCACGAUUAUGCCGUCAUUUUCAUGUAUCGCCACAAGUCACUGGAGCCGUUCACUCGCCACUUCACUGGCCAGCAGUUCUUCGAUAUGCUGGACAUAGCGGACAACAGCCAGAGCUCUACGAUAGCUAUCAAGCCAGACUCAGUCGACGUGUUUGCGCCGGUGCUGGCCAAGUAUAAGAUAGCGCGCGAGACCCAAAUGAUUCUCUACGUCAACUUCACCAGCGUUGUCGACUACAUGUGGCUGCUGCGCGCAGCCUGCGAGUGCCUGGCUGCGUUUGAGGAGCGUGCUGUGUUAUAUUUGGCAGCAGCUGUAUCCGAUUUCUACAUACCCGAGGAUAUGAUGCCCACACACAAAAUGCAAUCGGGAGAUGGAGCUCCUACGAUUUCGCUGCAAUUGGUGCCGAAAAUGCUGGCACCACUAGCCAGCCUGUGGGUGCCGCAUGCCUUUGUGGUCUCCUUCAAGCUGGAAACGGACGAGAAUCUAUUGAUUGUCAAGGCACGCGACAGCCUCAACAAAUACAAGCAUAAGCUGGUUAUUGCCAACGUUCUGCAGACACGCAAACAUCGUGUUGUCUUUGUAACGCCGACAGAUUCCUAUGAGCUGCAUUUGAGUCGCGAGCAGGCGCUGCAGGGCCUGGAGAUAGAGGAGCCCAUUGUGGCCGACGUGGUGCAAAAACAUGGCGACUUCAUCAGCAGCGCCGAGCAGCGCCAAUGACCGUUGUCGAUGCGCCGCCGGCAGCAGCAGCAGCAGCACCACCACCACCAUCACCACCACCAGCAGCAGCAUUACCGCCAACUGCCAACCGGUGGUAGCAGCAGUAGCAACGUCGACACCGCCGCAGCAACGGAUUAUUGCGUGACCAGUUCGCAUUAUUGCCACGUCCUAAAUCCGGGCACGCUAAGUUUCGGACGAAAAUAUUGAGCAGGUUAUAGCGCCAUGUCCAUUUGCAUAUUUUGUACGUUUAAUUUUGUUGUCUAUAUUUAUGGUUAAUAUCUAUCUUCUUGUGGCUACGCCCUAGAUGGACGCAUCAUAUUUGAUGAUGGAUGAACGAG